AUGGAACAAACAUUGAUUAAAAACGCUGAUGGAGCCGCUGAGGCCCCCUGUGAUGCAGCAGUUGCGAGGGCUGCUGCUGCUGCUGCAGCUGUUGCUGCUGCUGGGAGUCUCAGCAACAGCAACGGCAGCAGCAGCAGCAGCAGUAGCCAGAUAGCUCACAGCAAGCUUCAACAAGAACCGUCUGCUACAUCACUAAGACCAGCAGCAGCUGCAUCUGGUGACCAGCCGCAGGGAACAGCAUCAGCAGCAGCAGCGGCAGCAGCACCCGCCGCAGCAGCAACUGCAGCAGCAGCAGCAGCAGCAGCAAGAAUUGGCAGCAGCAAACAAGGAGAAGAUGUGCAGUGGAAUAGUCUCCUCUGUAAACAUUUCCUCUUUGGUCGCUGCGCUCGUAAACGUUGCCGUUUCUUGCAUGCAGAGGGAGCAGCAGCAGACACCAAAGCAGCAGCAGCAGCAGCAGCAGCAGCAGCAGCAGCAGCAGGUACUGCCGCAGCAGCAGCAGCUGCUGCUGCUGCUGCUGGUGGUGCUGCUGUGGGAGAUGUAGGCUGUGUAACAGCGCAUGCAACUCCUCCGCAUACACAACAUGGAUACGAUUUGCAGCAGCAGCAGCAGCAGCAGCGCCAGCAGCAGCAACAGCAGCAGCAGCAGCAGAACAUACACGCCACCAACGGACCAUCGAUGCAAGGACCCAACGGCAGCAGCAAAAUGCCUGACGAUAGCAACACCGGAGGCAGCAGCAUAAAGCAGAAGCAGCAGCAGCAGCAGCAACAGCAGCAGCAGCAGCAAUCGCAACGACAGCACCGGCAACAGCAUCGGCAACAGAGGCAGCAGCAGCGUGCCCAGCAGCAACAGCAGCAGCAACAGCAGCAGCAACACUUCUACAAGGGCAGAGGCGCGAUGCUGCUCCCUGCAUGCAGCGGGAAGACAGGGUUGCAGGCUGCGGCAGCAGCAGAAGGCACGAGCAGCAAAACUGCUCCUCAAGGGUCUCUUCGUGGUCUUGCAGAUUCAAGUAUGACUCCUGCUGCUGCUGCUGCUGCUGCAGCAGUUGCUGCUGCUGCAGGGAACACUGUUCCUGCUGCAGUUGGUUUGCCAUCUGCUGCAGCAGCAGCAGGCAGCGGCGCGCAACACUUUUGCCUCCCGAAUGCUUCUUGGGGAUACAACAAACCAAGCCUCCCUGCAUGCAGCAGCAGCAGCACGAGCAGCACACCAGCAGCAGCAGCUGCUGCUGCUGCUGCUCUUCGCGGCCACCGGCCCUCUGCGGCGGAGGAGCGUCAUAGAGAAGCAACAGCAGUGGGACGUGGUUAUGGUGGGGUGAAGGCGGCUCCUCCAUCUGCUGCUGCGGCUGCUGCUGCAGCAGCAGCAGCAGCAAUGGGGUUCCGUAUAGAUAAUUGUGUUGGGGCCCCACAGGGGACUCUUAAGGAUUUACGGGCAGCAGCAGCAGCAGCGGAAGCAGCAGCAGCAACUAUUCCUUCCUACUGCUGCAAUACCGAGUACGAGAAACAGCAGCAGCAACAGUUGCAUCUGCAGCAGCAACCGCAGCAGCAGCAGUACCAGCAACAACGGCACUGCUUAGCUAGGGGACCAGCAGCAGCGGCAAACCCCUACACAUCACAGCAGCAGCAGCAGCAGCAGCAGCAGCAUUUUACGGGGCAGCGGAGGAACUCCGAUUAUCAGCAGCAUCAGCAGCAGUAUCAGCAGCAGCAUCAGCAGCAGCUGCUGCUGGCGCAGCAGCACCAGCAGCAGAUGCCCCCACCGCCUCCUCCACCACCUCCACCACAGCAGCAGCAGCAGCAACUGCAGCAGCUGCCGCUGCUGCAGGAGCAGCUACAGGGACUAUGCAUGCCAUCAGGUAAGGGAGGGUUUUCUCUUGCCUCUACUGUCUCUGUCUCUUCUUUCCUUAACAGCAUCAGCAGCAGCGAGCAGCAGCAGCAGCAGCAGCAGUUGCUGAUGGGGGAACCAACAACAGCAGCAACAGAAGGAGAGGAAGAAACAGCAGCAUCGCAGCUAACUCCGGAUAGCAGCAGCAGCAGCAGCAGCAACGGCACAAAAAGCAGCAGCAACAGCAGCGGCAGCGCAAGCGGAUCUGCCUCUGCAGCUGCUGCCGCCGCUGCUGCAGCAGCUGCUGCUGCAGUUGCAGCCACAAGAAAAGGCGAACAGCAGCAGCAGCAACAGCAGCAGCAGCAAAAGCCUUUAUGGUGUGGCUCUGUGGUGGGUCUCCAAGCAGCAGCAGCGCAGCACAGGAGUUGUUGGACGCAGGCUGCGCACGACUCGCAACAGCAGCAGCAGCAGCAGCAGCAGCAGCCGUUUUGGCUACCUUCAUUAGAUGCUCUUGAUGGAGAAGCAGCAUGGCAGGGAGGGGACUGCAGCGGAGACAUUCCUGCUGCUGUUGCUGCUGCAGUUGCUGAAGCAGCGAGUGUUGCUGCAGGCAGCAGCAGCAACAACAACAACAGCAGCAGCAGCAGCAUGCCCUCUAAUGAAAAGAGAAGGGGGAAGCAGAACCUGUUUGCUGCCUUCCAAGAUGAUAGGCAUGCAGCAGCAGCAGCAGCAGCAGCAGCAGCAACUCCUAGAGACAUGGGGGAGCUAGCACAGCUGUCUCCUACUGCAGCACUAAUUGCUGCUAUAUGGGCAGCAGCAGCAACAGCUGCAGCAGAAGCAGCAGCAGAAGAGCGACAGCCGCAGUUGUCAACGCUGCAGCGACUGCCGCAGGAGCAGCAGCAGCAGCAACAGCAGCAACAACAGCCGCAAUUGCUGCUCUCUUUUAGGCCUAGUUUAAGGCAACAGCAGCAGCAGCAGCAGCUGGUGCUGCUGAACCAGCAGCUGCAGCAAGAGCAGCAGUUGCAGCAAGAUUAUCAGCAGCAGCAGCUACAGCAGCUGCAAUAUCAGCAGCAGCAGCAGCAGCAGCGGGAGGAUGUUUGUACAGGUGGUAGAAGAGAGACAAAGACGCAACAGCAGCAAAUCGUGGGCCGUUACCCACAGGGCAGCUGCAGAGCUUCUCACUUCUCCCCAGCGGCAGCAGCAGCAGCUGCUGCUGGUGCAGCAGCUGCAGCAGCAGCAGCAGCAGCAGCGAAAAGGACGGAGAGAGAUGCAGACAGCCGCCUAGAGUGCUGCGGCAAGGGAACAGCAGCAGCAGCAGCAGCAGCAGCAGCAACAGCAACAGUAGCACGAGCAGCAGCAGUAGCAGCAGCAGGUGUUUCUGCUGCUGCUGCUGCUGCUGUUGCUCUUGUGUUUGUGGGGCAGUGUGAGGUCAGCAGCAGCAAUAGCAGCAGCAAUUGUAGCAGCAAUAGCAGCAGCAAUUGUAACAGCAGUAGUAGCAGCAACAGCGGUAAUAGGAGCAGCAGAAGCAACAUUAGCAGCAGUGGAAGUAACAGUAGCAGCAGCAGCGACAGCCGUAGCAGCAGCAGCAGCAAGGGCAGCACCUAA